CGCCGAUAUACAAAAUAAAUACUCUCAAAUAUUUAUUAUUGACGUUGACGUAAAUGAGUGACGUCAUUAUACAAACUGCCCUUUGCAAGACAGGAAUACAUUUUUGACGAAAAUACCUUAUCGUCUGCUUCAGGUUCACUCAGCUGUGGUUGCCUUUACGGUUGUCACUCAAAUACUUCAGAAAACCUUCACCAACCAUCGUUGUAUCCAUUUUUAUUACUCAAAUACUUCAGGAAACCUUCACCAUCCAUCACUGUAUCCAUUUUUAUCACUCAAAUACUUAAGGAACAUUCACCAACCAUCACUGUAUCCAUUCUAUCACUCAAAUACUUCAGGAAUAUUCAAAAACCACCACUGUAUCCAUUUCUAUCACUCAAAUACUUCAGGAACCUUCACCAACCAUCACUGUAUUCAUUUCUAGUCUUCAUUAUCCAUAGAAUGUCGUCACGUGUUCUUCAGAUUCAGUUUCAAUGGAAAAUAUUCUGGGUGAAUUUCCAUUGUUAAAAAACCCCCAAAACCCAAAAUGUAUGAACAAAUACGGACUAGCUACCACGUCAUAUUGCCAAAUGGGUUGUCACAACCUAAGAUGUUUGUACAUUCAGCUCGCCGUUGUCUAGAUCGUUUGCCAGCUCUGACCUCGUCUGGUAGCAGACGACAACACGCUGGGCAUCAUGGUGGUGUUGUUAGUGGUGCUGAAGGAACUGAUGUCGUGGAACUUCCUGGGGUGAAACGCGUGGUCCACAGGUAUCGCCAUAGACAGGACUUCGAGGACCUCAAUAUGCCCCAGAAGCAGUUCAUUCUUCAUUUUGAUAAUAGCAUCAGGGUCAUAAAUUCGCAAAACAACGACCGCCUGGAUGCGACCGGCGACUACAGGGUGACAUUGGUAAGCUACGGACAACGAUGUGUCUGCCAUAAACACAGACAUCUUGGAGUGGGGCAAAGAGAUCUGGAUUGUCGAAGAUGCUACGAAAAGAAGUACAUGUUCGGAGAUCAAAGCGUGCCCGACAAUGUAAGGCGGAUGCUUCAUCAGUCAGUGAUCGAUAUAGAUUCCGAUGAUGAUGAUGAUGAUGAUAAUAGUAGUAAGGAAACCAAACCGAAAACAGUGGGUCUGCUCGAUAAAAGAAAACCUGAAUUGAAAUCCUCUGUAGCCGACAAAGCAAGUACUGAAGCCAUGUCACGAAGAGACGGGAAAAGAAAAACUGAAUUACAAAUGCCUAGAGCCAAGAACUUAAGUCCUGGCAUUAGAUCACAGACUUCUCAUCAGAGAACGAGUAGAUUUAGAUCUAUAUCUAAGAAAUUGUAUGCAGCAAUCAGAAUAUCUUUGGGUAGUGAAUCAGAAGAAGAGGUUGAAAGACUUCCGGGCGACAGUAGUAAUUUAAAAGCAAUCUCUGAAACAGUUUUGGAUCAGAAAGUAAACACUGAAGAUGAAACUCCUUGUGAUUAUGAAGAAACGUCUGAGAUCGUGUCACCUUCGAAUCAUAUAGACAUUAAAAUUAAAAGCCCGUCAGGUCGUGAUAUCCGUGCUGACAUCGACACACCGUCAGGUCGUGAUAUCCGUGCUGACAUCGACACACCGUCGGGGUAUGAUAUAAACCGUGAAACUGAAACACAUUUGGAAGAUAAUACAGCUACGGAAAUCGGAACAACUUUAGAGAAUAAGAUAGAUACUGAAAUUGGCAAACCUUUGGAGGAUAAGAUAGAUACUGAAAUUGGAAAACCUUUGGAGGAUAAGAUAGAUACUGAAAUUAGCAAACCUUUGGAGGAUAAGAUAGAUACCGAAAUUGGAACACCUUUGGAGGAUAAGAUAGAUACUGCAAUUAGCAAACCUUUUGAGGAUAAGGUAGAUACUGAAAUUGGAAAAACUUUGGAGGAUAAGAUAGAUACUGAAAUUAGCAAACCUUUUGAGGAUAAGGUAGAUACUGAAAUUGGAAAAACUUUGGAGGAUAAGAUAGAUACUGAAAUUGGAUCGCCUUUAGAUGAUAACAUAGAUACUGAAAUUGGAACACCUUUGGAGGAUAAGAUAGAUACUGAAAUUGGAAAACAUUUGGAAGAUAAGUUAGAUACUGAAAUUGGAAAACAUUUAGAGGAUAAUAUAGAUACUGAAAUUGGAUCACCUUUGCGAGAUAACAUAAAUACUGAAAUUGGAACAGUUUUGGAUGAUAACAUAGAUACUAAAAUUCGAAUAGCUCUGGGUGAUAACAUAGAUACUGAAAUCGGAACACCUUUGGUUGAUACCACAAAUACUGAAAUCGGAACACCUUUGGAAAGUACAAGAAAAACACCGACUAUACAAAUAAGCUGCCCUAUAGACGUGAAUAAUAAAUCUCAAAUAAUGUCUUUUAGUGAUUCUCAGAUCAGUUAUUCCACUAGUCCCACUGCAAAAUCUCAAAACGAACAAUCUUUCGUUCCGGACACUGCCGAUAGAGAUCGGUCAAAACGAACGGAAAGCAUAGAACAUGAAACUGUCUCGGACGUCAAAAGUCGAACUGAAAUCCCAACGCGUCCGGAUGACAAAAGAGACGCCCAAACCGGCGUAGCCCUGACAGCAGAAUCUGACACGAAACCAUCGUUCAGCGAGCGAGACAUCACUUCAAUUCUGUACGGGAAGUCUGUCGUAGAGGCAGCAGACGCCGCAAGAGAGAAAGAGAAGCACAAAUACCCGAACAGAGCCUGCUACGAACGAGGGUACUACAGAAGACGACGUCACAACGCCCACAAGCGAGCUUACCUUCUCGCCCUGUCGGAUGCAUCAGCGAGAAGAUCGAAGAAAAACCCGCUGAUACUAAAAUAUCCAGGGAGUGGUCCGUAUUUCUCGUAUUUCCCUCUCUACGUGGUCGGUGAGCUCGACGCUCCGGAGCAGUCGUACCUGGAGGGAUAUCGAGGACAGACGGAAAACCUUAAAGUUGCGGGAGGAUUGCGGCAUAUUAUAGGUAGACUCAGGCUUCGGGACUACUACCCCGGGGGUAUAAAGUACUCUGAUCGGGAUGUGUGAUCUGAUUCCAUGGGAUAUUUAUGUGGUAGAGGAGGUUAAUUAAUGUUAGCAUUGUUUAUUUCAUUUCAACUUAUUUUCGUGCUUAUAUCCAGUUAAGGUUCAAGCACGCUGUCCUGUGCACACACCUCAGCUAUCUGGGCUGUCUGUCCAGGACAGUGGGUUACUUGUUAGUUGGUU